AUGACUGUGGUGCUAUGGGAACAUCCUCAAAUUCUGCCCGUCCCGACGCACCCGGUUUACGGCGAGCUCGUAUCACUGCUCCGGGAGUUGCACAACUAUGCGUCGUUGCUCGAAAGCAGCGGCUCCGUCGGCUACUAUACGCAACGCGACUACCGAAAGCUGAUUGCCGCCGGUUUGGCAGCAUACGUGGCCAACGGCAUCACAAGACUGCCCGAGGCACAGAACUUCUUCAGGAUGGCAGCGGAGGCGACGACUGCAAUAGGGCGGCGGUCAACAUUCCGAGACUUCCGCGAGGAACAGCUCUACUUCUUGGUGACUUGUUUCAUGGAAUGUGGUAGCCCCGACCACGACGCCUCUGUGCAGAGAGCCAUCUGCAACGUGGCUUUGCCUACUGUAGCGGACUUCAGGCGAGCCUUCAAGUGUGAACCGUACCAUCGACUGGUGACCAACUUCACCUGGCCGGAACCACCGUCCUAGACGGCCCAAUAUACUUCAACG